GGAGCCUCUGCACUGUGACGCGGAGAGGAAGCGGCGAGGGGGAAGAGGAGCCAUGGCUGCAGCAGCCCUGGAUGCAGAAUCCCUCGGAGGAGACGAUUGCCUGGAAGAGGACGAGGAGGAGCUGGAGGCGAGCUUGGAGGACCACGAGAACGUGGGGAAAUUGCUGAUUCCCGGCAAGCGUAGCUGCUGCAUCCUAACCCGUCGAGGAAUCACCCUGCGUGUGCUUCUCAAGGACGGGCUGAUUGAGCCCGGAGAGGGCGUCCUCUCCAUUUACUACCUGGGCAAGAAGUUCUUGGGCGACCUGUUGACGGAUGGCAAGAUCGUUUGGCAGGAGACGGGUCAAGUGUUCAACUCGCCGAGCGCCUGGGCGACCUACUGCAAAAAGCUUGUCAACCCAGCCAAGAAGUCUGGGUGCGGCUGGGCGUCGGUCAAGUAUAAGGGCCAGAAAUUAGACCAGUACAAAGCUGUUUGGCUGAAGAAAUACCAGCCCAACACGCCCCCUGCAGAGGAGAGUUUAGUGAGCGAAGGGGAAGAGGACGAGCUUGCCGAGGAGGAGGAGGAAGAAGCCAAGGGGGUUAAGUCAGUCCUCUCAGAGUCCGUGCUAGCUAAGAAACUGGAGGACAAGACCCGGAAGCAGCAGGCCAAAAGUCUUGCAGAACUGCACAGCUCAGAUAACAGCAAAAGGCUGGACUGCAGGAAUCGGAUCCCUGUCCGUUAUUGCAGCCUGGGGAGCCGGGACUCUGCCAGGAACCCCCACACCUUGGUGGAAGUGACGUCUUUCGCAGCCCUUAACAAGUUCCAGCCUUUCAAUGUCGCCAUCUCCAGCAACGUCCUUUUGUUAGUGGAUUUCCAUAGCCACCUGACGAAGAGCGAAGUGAUUGGCUAUCUCGGCGGUCGUUGGGACACCAACAGCCAGCUGUUAACGGUUCUGAGGGCAUUCCCUUGCCGAUCACGCCUUGCAGACGGGGACUUAGCGGCUGCUGUGGAAGAAGAGAUAUGCCAGAACCUCUUCAUGCGUGGUCUUUCCCUGGUGGGCUGGUAUCACAGCCACCCAUUCAGCCAUGCCCUGCCAUCUCUCCAGGACAUCGAUACUCAAAUGGACUACCAGCUGAAGCUCCAGGGAACCAGCAACAGCUUCCAGCCUUGCUUGGCUCUCAUCUGCGGUCCAUACUGCCAUGCCAACCAAGGUGUGGAGUCGAAGAUUUCGCCCUUCUGGGUUAUGCCCCCUCCGGAGCAAAGGCCUUAUGAUUACGGCAUCCCCAUGGAAGUUGAGGUCACCUACGUCCAAGACGGCUUCCUCACCAACGACGUUCUCCACGAGAUGAUGCUUCUGGUGGAGUUUUACAAAGCAGCACCCGACGUAGUGAAGUUUCAAGAGAUGUGGAGUCAGGAGCAGACCUAUUUGGAUAAACUAAAGGGCUCAUUGGCUUCCAGGACACCCAAGGACCAAGGUUUUGGACAUAUCCUCGAACAAGUCUACAGCAUCCUCAAACAAUACAGCUGAAACCAGGAAGA